GCGGCGGCGGGGCGGGACCGGGCGGCGGGGGUGGGCGUGUCCCAGCGGGGCGGGGGCGGGGCCUCGGGGUGGGCUGGAAGCUUCGGCGGCGCCGCGCGACGGUCGGGCCGGGAAGGCGAGCGAGUGGCGGGCGCUGUAGCCGCCGCCUCCGCCGCCAUGGACUCGCGCAAGCUGGGCGAGCUGCGGGCCUUCGUCAGGCUCUGCAAGCAGAACCCCGGCCUGCUGCACACCGAGGAGCUGGCUUUCCUCCGCGAGUGGGUGGAGAGCAUGGGAGGCACAAUACCGCCUGCUCCAGCCAAUGCCUCCACAGAGGAGACAAGUAAGGGCAAAGCAGAGGAAAAGCCAGAGGAGCCAGUUAAAUCACCUGAACCAGAAAGUGAAGAGAGUGACUUAGAAAUUGACAAUGAGGGAGUGAUUGAACCAGACAAUGAUGACCCUCAAGAAAUGGGAGAUGAAAAUGUGGAGGUAACUGAAGAGAUGAUGGAUCAAGCUAAUGAGAAGAAGAUGGAAGCCAUAAAUGCUCUAAGUGAAGGUGAACUUCAGAAAGCUGUCAACUUGUUCACAGAUGCUAUCAAGCUGAAUCCUUGUUUGGCCAUUUUGUAUGCCAAGAGGGCAAGUGUUUUUGUGAAGCUACAAAAGCCAAAUGCUGCCAUUAGAGAUUGUGACAGGGCCAUCAAGAUUAAUCCUGACUCGGCACAGACCUACAAAUGGAGGGGGAAAGCACAUAGACUUCUGGGUCACUGGGAAGAGGCUGCUCAUGAUCUUGCAUUAGCUUGUAAACUGGAUUACGAUGAAGAUGCUAGCGCCAUGCUGAAGGAGGUGCAACCGAGAGCUCAGAAAAUUGCAGAACAUCGCCGAAAAUAUGAGCGGAAGCGUGAAGAAAAGGAAAUCAAGGAAAGAAUGGAAAGAGUGAAGAAGGCACGGGAGGAGCAUGAGAGAGCACAAAGGGAGGAAGAAGCAAGACGACAGGCAGGAGGAGCUCAAUUUGGUGGUUUCCCAGGUGGCUUCCCAGGUGGAUUUCCUGGGGCUAUGCCUGGAGGUAUGGCAGGUAUGCCAGGUCUCAAUGAGAUUCUCAGUGAUCCAGAAGUCCUUGCAGCCAUGCAGGAUCCAGAAGUUAUGGUUGCAUUCCAAGAUGUUGCCCGGAACCCAGAAAAUAUGUCCAAGUACCAGAACAAUCCCAAGGUCAUGAAUCUCAUCAGUAAAUUGUCCUCCAAAUUUGGCAGUAAACCAUAAAAUCCCUGGUUCUUAAAAAUCAUAUCUGAAUGGGAAGGAUUGGAUUUGGCUAACCAGUGUUGCAAUAAAACAAACCAUUGUACCUCUGGUCAUCUUAAGAGAAAGGGGGUGUUCUAAAGAGAAAUGCUGUCCAGCCCCAAGUGUUGACUUUAUUCAAUGAUUGGUUUACAGCACUCAAAUUAUAUUCAGGUGACCUAGUUUCAACCAUCCCUCCUUGUCCAAGAGUUGCAGCCUUUUACUUCAAGUAUUACAGACAGUUUCCUUUCAGUGAACACUCCUGUAAGAAAUUGUAAUAUUCCAGGAGUGUAAGACAAAAACCUGCUGUUGUUUUGGAUUUUUUUUUUUUAAUUACUCUGAGUGAGCAAAGAGGAAGAGCUUUAACAGUUGAAGUCUGUCUUAAUCCCCUUAGGACAGAAAAGUUGGCCUAGUCACAAAGAGCAAAUGUGGGACAAGUCUGAAAAAUUAACUGGAUAAAGGAAUUGUCUGCAAAUACAAGUCCUUUUUUUAAGAAAAAAAAAAAAUGGGUGACUGACAUUAUAUAGCUAUUAAAAUCAUCAGUAUAACCAUGCUAGCUAGUUACACACUGGAACUUCUGGCAGUACUGCAAAUAAUGUAAUAUUUUGGUCACUACAACUGUGCAGCAAAGGUACAGUCCUAUCCUUUGCACAACCUGGCAUGGCGUACGUACUGCAGAGGCCACAAAGGUUUUGUUACUUGCUCAAUUCUUGUCCAGCACCUUUAUGUCACAUUUUAUUUAUCAGUCUGGGUAUGGGAGAGCAGCUUACUGUCUGUGCUUGUGCUCUUGUCCUUUCCCAGUUGGCAGGUCCUCCGCUGGUUGCACUUGCCCUUUCUUGGGGCCAUGCUUACCAGGUUUCAUCUAUUUGGAAACUUUAGGGAAGGAAUCUUGUUCCCAUCACUACCUCUGUCCCACUGAAUGCAAGCCAUCCAGAACAUGUAAAUGCAGAGUUACAAAUCAGUGAAGGGGAGAAUACCCAACAAAAUUGCAGCUCUGGGUUCUGAGUCGGUUUGAGUCCUUAGAUGCUUACUGAUUAAAAUUUCUUGGCCAAAGUCCUGCUGUCUCUUUAGAGGUGAUGACUCUUCCUUCACUGCAUACUGUAGUCUUCCAUCUUUUCUUGUAUCUUUUUCUUUAAAAAAAAAAAAAGGAAAAAAAAAAAAAAACAAACAACCAAAAAAACCCAAAACAAAAAGCUGUUGUCAUGGUUUCAUACUUCCAUGUUUUUGAGGCUUGUGAUACAGAGGAAAAGGUGCGGUAAUUGGAGCAAACACAACAUUUUCCUAACAGUUGCGGAUUAACAGCGUGGGUAUCCUUGAAGCAGUGUCUGUGCUGAUGAUGUUCAGUUGAUUUGUCUACCAGUAAAGACAGUUGUUGCUUCUGUUUGUCUUGGCUAAAACAUUAUCUUUCUGUGGAAAAAUAACCAUAGUUACCUGUUUACCAUUUGAGUCUCAACAUUUGUGAUACUCUUGUAAUUCUGUAUCUUAAGCCAUAACUGAUGUUACCAUUUUUAAAUAAAUCAGGAUGGGUGUAGGACCUCAACAACAGUUGCAAAAAAUAAAUCCCCAAAUGCUUUUUCUCAUACUAAUGACUCUGCAGAAUGAAAUGUGAAUCUUUUUGCUUAAGAAAUAUAGUUCUGAGUACUUCUCUUAGCCUUUAAAAAUAAAGUAUGGUUUUGAAAAAUAAAGCUUUUUGGGUUUGUGUAACUUUCUGAUAAAACCUAUUUUGUUUAAAUUAAAUGUGGAAGUGCUUUAAUUAAACUGUGUAUAUAACUUGUGGUUUAAAUUGGAACUAAAUGCUUAAGGGCUUGUCUUCAUGACCAAAUGAACUCAAGUUAUGACCGAGUAUUGCUGUGUGCCUGGCUUUUGGUCAUACUCUUGAUCUCCUGUUCCCAAGAGGAGAUACUUGAAGUAUGUUACUCCUCUGUAUAGGCUGAAACUCAGCUUCUUCCUUCAGGCUGGUAUAUAUGUGCUGUGCAUGAAUUAGAGUAUCUUGAAUAUAGAUUCAUUCCCUACAGUUCCCUGCUAUUCAUGUUAGCUGUCUACCUAUGACUAGUCAAAAGUAGGAAUUUACUCCUAGCUAGAAGAAAUGGUCAUAUCAGUGUUCUGCCUGUUUGCUUGCUUAUCAGUUGCCCUUACUCAGCACUGACUGACUCAAGAAAAACAUUCUCCCUAAUUUUACUGUUAGCAUUAGCAAUCUAGCUGAAUUCUUGUUCUCUGGGAAUGCACAUCAUAUGAUUCUCUUGCUGUGUGUGGUUUGGUUUUUUUUUGUUUGUUUGUUUUUAGCAUUAUCCGGUAAGUUAAUUAAGAUGAUGUCUGGACCUCAUCUGAGUUCCCCAAGUUGGCAUGUGGAUAUUUAAGGAGCUAAACUGGUUUGAACAGAAGUGCAAGUGCAGAAAGUUAACUGCACAGGAGAUGAGCAAAGAUUAUAGAUUCCAAAUGUGGGAUACAGGUAGCUAUAUGAGGAAGUUUCAGUGCUUGCUCCAGUAUUUACUGGCAGCUCCUUCAGGUUAUUUGCUUCCAUUGCAGCACAGAGUAGGGGUGGUUCUUACCAGUGCAGUAGCAGUAAUCAACUCUGCUGCCAAUCUGACUCAAGGCUGCCAACGUGUAUGACUGUUCAGCUAGCGCAGCGCCGUGUCAGGGGUGUGACCCAGGCUCAGAUGGGCAUUUCUGCCAUUUGAAGCAAGUAAUGUACUGCACUGUUCGGCCAGUGCAGUGCCACAGAUGAGAUGACCUGGUCUGUCAGAGAGCACGAUGAUAUAACUGCAGCUGACUGGUAGUAGAGGGCCAUAGCCUCGUUACUGUGUGUGUUUGAGUGACUUGUUGGUCCUCUGUGGUUUGACUGCUGCCCCAAGGCAAAAUAAAUGUCAGGUCAGAUGCCACCUCCAGACUGUACUACUUCAGUGAGCCCUAUUGUACAGUAAUGUGGAGAAUGCAAGGCUUGAUGCCUUUACCAGAAUUUUUUUGAAAACUUCGCUCGCUUCAGUGUUGGGCUGUGAAUAAAAACUAUUUGUCAGAGUGGCUUGGUUUGUCAUUGUUGGAAGGCAAUGAUUAGAUGGGCAGGAGCCAGACUGUCUCAAGGUUGGACGAAGGCAGGUGGGACAAGAGCAGUGAUGGGACGGAGGCAGAAUAGGUCAAUAAAUGAGUAUUAAAAAGCCAUGUAAAGGUAAAACCAUGUCGUAGAAAGUGGUCAGCAGUAGUCUAAAAUACCUGUCUUUAAACACCACUUCAUUUUUCUUGUUUGUUACAUUCAGGGCCAUUGCAUAAAGCUCAUACAAGUCACGCUCUCGCAUAUGUCUGUAUGUACCUCUUCUGUGAGAUGUAAGAGCAAGCAAUAUUGUUAUGGGAGCUCGUAGCAACUGCUAUCCGAGCAAAAUCCUUCACUCAAUGGGAUGGUAGGUUGUGGACGUAGCCGGGGUGAGUUGGAGCUAGGUUAGCUUUGGCAUAUACCUUCCUGUGGCUCAUGGCAUGCUCCUGACUGGAAGAGUUUGGAGCCUGUCUGAAAUCCUGCAGGGUAUCCAGGCUGAGGGAUACUGCAGUGCUUUCGAAGCUGUAGGGCAAGUGUGUUGUUGGGAUAGUGGUAGGGGCUAGAAGGUUGUUUCCUUUCAUUUGCUGCAGGGUAGUCUGGUAGUGGCAGGGACUGGUACAGAAGUGGACUGGCAGCCUUGAGCAGGAGGAUGAUUCCCUAGGAAAAUGGUAGCAGUAUUUUCUCCUGAUGUCUAGAGAAAGGUGUCUCAUGAACCUCAUUCGCAGCUUUGCAGAGGUGGGCCUCAAGCUUACUUCAUACAUGAUGGAGUGAGGGCAACAUUAUAGAAGAGUAAUUCUGGAUUACCAAAGAACUGGAGUAAAAACCAGCAGCUUCCAAUUGGAUGCAGAGACCACUGUUGAGUAUUUGCAGGACAAGUCAUAGGAGGUCAAUACUAUGAUAUAAGCAAAUGGAAAUACAGAUGAAGCAGGAAGAGUUUUAAUGUGACAAAGAAAUUAAGCAGGUCAGGUGGUGGCUGGUGGGUCUGUGCUACGGAGCAACAAAAAAAUUUAGGUGACUUUGGGCUACAAGUCAUUGAUCACCUGGUGAAUCAGAGCUUAGGUAAGUCAUGUUCUCCUGGUGUGGUCCUCACAAACUGGAACUUUAUGUAAGACAAACCUUCCUUCAACCCCACUGACUGGAGGUCCUGCUGAAUGUAAACACAAAGGACUUUCCUGUAAAUCUGAAUCUUGAUGACAAACUAAAUCAAGAUGUUAAUUUGUAAUCUUGCUAACAAAGUGUUAUUACUGUACCUGUCUGAUGUACAAAUAUACUUUUGAAAUGCACAUUCUAGAUGGAUGGUCUCAGGUGAGCUUGAGAUCUUGUCAAUAAAUAAAUGUAUUUGCA